AUGCCGACUUACAAGCUCUGGUAUUUCAAUCUUACCGGUUUGGGUGAGCCUAUCCGUUUGAUGUUGAGCUACAACAACAUUCCGUUUGAGGACAAACGGAUAGAAUUUGAUGAGUGGCCCAAGUACAAAGAUCAAAUGCCCUUGGGUCAGAUGCCAGUCCUUGAGAUCGAUGGGAAAAAGUAUAAUCAAUCAAAGGCGGUAAUGCGUUGCUUGGCGAAGAAAUUUGGCCUUUAUGGUUCAUCUGAUGAAGAAGCAUGGGAAAUUGACGCUACUGCAGAUGCCAUCGAUGAUCUGAGAAUCCCUCUGUCGACUUACCAUUGGGAAGAAAAUCCAGACUUCAAGGCAAAACUCAAGGAACCUGCUUUCAAGAAAAAGGAAAUGCUGAUGGCUAAGUUUGAAGAGCAGGUGAAGAAGAACGGAGGAUUCUUUGUUAAUAAGAAGAUGUCGUGGGCGGAUUUACUUUAUGCAGGCUACACCGACUAUCUUUCUAAUGUUCUCGGUCACGAUUUAAAUAAGGAUCAUCCGGAACUUAAGAAACUCGUGGAUAAAAUCCGAGCUCAUCCCGGUGUCAAGGCUUAUUUGGAUAAACGCCCGAAAACUUCCCUGUAAAAUACUAAAUCGUACCGAAUGGUGUUCAAUAUUUUGCACAUUAAACUUUAUUGUCUUCUAUAAUCGAUUUAUGUUUUUCAAAUAAUAAUUACUACUUUGCAUAUUAUUCUGUCUGCGUAUUUUUUUAUAUUCUGGCCUAGAUAUUUUUUGAGAUAAGGGUAUCGAAUUUUAUCUGUGUUAUAAAGAAUAUAAAUUUACACUAAUCUUUUUUACUGCCUUUGAAAAAUUAUUUUUUAUACAUUUUAAAAUCUAAACUUUGUUUUUAAAAUUACAAUAUUUUAUGAGUGUUUAAAUAAUAAUAAUUUACAUUGAAAAAUUUCCAUUGAAAAUUUCAUUAUGAAUCGUAUUUUUUCAUCAUCAUUAGAAAAAACUUGUCGAUCCUUGAUAUUAUUGAUACCUUUUUGCGUCAUCCAGUUCUAGUAUGUUAAUCCAAGUAAUAUGAUCAAAAAUCAAUAUACCGUGCAAUUUCAGUCUCCGUUACUUCAUUUUAUCCAUAGCUUGAAGGUUACAAUUACUUUUCAUAUAAAAUUUUUCUUACUUGAACAUUUUUGAAUUUCAUCAACUUGAAGAAACGUUAUUUUUAUAUUUUUCUGAGAAGUUUCACUUGUUUGCGGCAUAACCAUCAAAGUACUUUUUGUCUACUGAGAUAAAAUAACACUUUAAGUAUUACAUAUUGUUAUCACCAUUACGGUGUGUCAUAAAAAAAAAAGAAGAUAAUCAUUAAAAAAUUUUUCUCUAUCACAUCAUUGUGAAACACUCAACGAAGCGAUAGAAAUUAAAUAUAAACUAUUAUUAGUCACUAAAAUCCUUUUGUUUUACUUUCUGCAAUAAUAAAUUAUUGCUUUGACUAU